GCCGAUGGAGUCUGAGUCGUGAACCAAACAUGUGUGCUGUGCGCGCGUGCGUGCGUGCGUGUCAGCUGACGGCUGCAGAGGGAGCGGCGGCGACAUCUUGGAUUCACGAGUGAACGGUGACCGCAGCCUAAAACACCGAAUACCCGGAAUAACGCCGAGCUUCGGUCAGACGCGGACACCGCUGCCUCUGCUGAGCCGGUCCGGGGGACACGGAGACUGACACACAGAGUUUUCCAGCAUGGCCCGUGAACACUGAGUGAGACCACCACCAUGAUCGGAGGACUCUUCAUCUACAACCACAAGGGCGAGGUGCUGAUCUCCCGUGUCUACCGUGAUGACAUCGGGAGGAAUGCGGUGGAUGCGUUCCGCGUGAACGUGAUCCACGCUCGCCAGCAGGUACGCUCACCCGUCAACAACAUCGCCCGCACCAGCUUCUUCCACGUCAAGCGCUCCAACAUCUGGCUGGCUGCCGUUACCAAGCAGAAUGUCAACGCAGCCAUGGUGUUUGAGUUCCUCUAUAAGAUGUGUGACGUCAUGACUGCCUAUUUCGGCAAGAUCAGCGAGGAGAACAUCAAGAACAACUUUGUGUUGAUCUACGAGCUUCUCGAUGAGAUCCUGGAUUUUGGGUACCCCCAGAACUCUGAGACCGGAGCAUUGAAGACCUUCAUUACUCAACAGGGUAUUAAGAGCCAGCAUCAUACGAAAGAGGAGCAGUCUCAGAUUACCAGUCAGGUCACCGGACAGAUCGGCUGGAGACGUGAGGGCAUCAAAUAUCGCCGCAACGAACUCUUCCUGGAUGUACUGGAAAGUGUGAACUUGCUGAUGUCACCGCAGGGUCAGGUGUUGAGUGCACAUGUCUCAGGGCGUGUGGUGAUGAAGAGCUACCUAAGCGGAAUGCCAGAGUGCAAGUUCGGCAUGAAUGACAAGAUUGUCAUCGAUAAGCAGGGGAAAGGUGGCACGACUGAUGACUCAGGGAAAAGUGAGUUGGGGGGCAGGUAGCGUAACUCUCACUCCUGACGUCACCUGAUCUAUCACCUUCACUCCGUCCUGUCUUAGCCGUUUGUCAGCUGUCUUCGUGUCAUGCCAUCAAACGUCUCAAUAAAGAUGAUCUUUUUGCAUGGGAUGGCACUGCCAUUGAGGUGUUUAGCAGCUCUAG